GUUCCGGACGGCGGCUCUGGGCGGUUGGGUGUUCCCGCGGUCGCCGGCGUGGCCUCCUCUCCCGCAGCUCGUCAGAUAGACAGUGAGAGAGAGAGAGAGAGAAAGGUCUUCCUUCCGUUGGUUCACUCCCCAAAUGGCCGCUCCGGCUGGCGCUGCGCCGAUCUGAAGCCAAGAGCCAGGUGCCCCCUCCUGGUUUCCCAUGCAGGUGCAGGGGCCCAAGCACUUGAACCAUCCUCCACUGCCUUCCCUGGCCACAGCAGAGAGCUGGACUGGAAGAGGAGCAGCUGGGACUAGAACCUGGUGCCCAUAUGGGAUGCUGGUGCUGCAGACGGAGGAUUAACCAAAGAGAGCAAAUGGAAAGCCUGGCUGAUGCUGCUGCCUUUUCGACUAAACUUAAAAACACUCUCAUCCAGUACCACAGCAUUGACAGUGAUCAGUGGCGUGUUGUGAAGAAAACGAAAGAUGUAACAGUUUGGAGAAAGCCCUCAGAAGAAUUUAAUGGAUAUCUCUACAAAGCCCAAGGUGUUAUAGAUGACAUUGUCAAUACCGUAGUCGACCAUAUCCGUCCGGGGCCCUGUCGCUUGGAUUGGGAUAGUUUAAUGACUUCACUGGAUAUUUUGAAGCACUUUGAAGAGAACUGCUGUGUGAUGCGCUACACGACUGCCGGCCAGCUUUGGAACAUCAUUUCUCCUAGAGAGUUUGUGGAUUUCUCCUACACCGUGGGCUAUAAGGAAGGACUUUUAUCAUGUGGGAUAAGUCUUGACUGGAGUGAAAAGAGACCAGAAUUUGUUCGUGGCUAUAACCAUCCUUGUGGCUGGUUUUGUGUUCCACUUAAGGAGAAUCCACACCAGAGUCUGCUGACGGGCUACAUUCAGACAGACCUGCGUGGGAUGGUUCCUCAGUCUGCGGUGGACACAGCCAUGGCAGGCACGCUCACCAACUUCUAUGGAGACUUACGGAAAGCCCUGCGGAAUCCAUAGCAGGUUCAUGUGUGUGCUGCCAUGAUCCCUCCCGCCCCCUCCCCCCAACCCCGUGCCCCGUGUUGCUCUUUGUCUCAGCUGCAGGGCCUGUAAAAAUCUGCAUAGCCUGUAGGCACAUUGGAGAUGUUUUCGGUAGUGAAGACUGUAUUCCUAAAGUGAACAGCCAUCUAGGAGAGGGCACUGUGACUUUCUCGGCUAAUUGUGUAUCGAUUGGCUGACAGUGUGUCUAGGGAUGGAGAGUGACAGGAGUACACACGCUGGAGAUGUGGUUGACCACUCUUAAGGGACUGACAUUAGAGACAGCACAAGCUUCAUCAUGUUAGCUUAAAGUCGUCUGUGUUAGAGGCUUAUGAACAUUUUGCCAACUUUUGUUUUUGAAGUUAAGUAUCAGGGUUUUACUUUUGGUAGCACCAAGUCUGCCCAUAUCUUAGACAAAGGAGAAAGGCACUUCUCUGUAUUUUAUAAAGGUUAUCUUGGUGAUUGACUUUUGCACUACUGUGGAUUGACUUUUACUGCUUUGUUUUGAAAAGACCAAAAAUGAGAAAGAUACCAAAUGAGAAGGUAUCAGAUAACUGCAGGUACAAUUAAAAUGCAAUUUAGUUUUGAUAACUGUAUAGCAAUUUUUAAGGAUAUAUUUUAAAAUUGUUUUUAUAUGCAUCUGUCUUAAACCAUUUAUGCAUGAAUAUUAUAAUCCAAAGAAGCCGCCAGGUGUGCCCUGGAGACAGCACAUUGGCUGCAGGGCUCUGAGGUGGCCGCAGGUACCAACGGUCAUCCCUAGAGUCUUGGUCAGCAGAGGCUCCGUGCGUGCUCAUCUCAGAUUGCAUCGUGGGUAAUCCCAGUUGUCAUGGCACUUCAGUCUGGAACUGUAACAUGUGCCUAGCUGGCCUUUGAUAAUUGUGACUUGAAUGGGCUGUACGGGGCUCCCUGGCUUCCUUGAAUGGACAUUCCAGGUGAUUCCUUGGCUUUUGAACUGCUGCCCACCUUGUGGUUUAUUUCUAAAAUGAGGAACUCAGUGCAUGUUAACAGUCUUUGUGUAUGAACACAUGCAUCAGGGAAUGUCCGCAUUCAGUGGCACUGCUUCCACUGCCUCACUGAUGUUUGGAGAUAAAGUGAGCCUUGGAAAUGGGAGGGAGCUUGGGCAAGUUCCUGGCAAACUCACAUUCUCCUUGUAUGGAUGUGCUGGACCAGCCCCAGUGCAUGAUGGUCCGGGGUAUGUUCUGCUCCAUUCUGUUCUUCUGGUGAAAAUAAGUCAGUUCUUUAGACCCAUUCUGAGAAAGUGGAACUUUUUUUGGCUACUGAAUAUGCAGGUGUUCUAACGAUUGUCUUAAGGACUAUUCUGGUUUUUGGAUUGAAAAAUAAUGUAACAUCUGACAGAAGCAAUGCAGAAAGGAAUCUGUAGGUUUAUUGACCACCAGUAUCCCUUUCUAAAUUGAGUAACUUCUUUUCUGCAAUGGGGAAAAAAUUUAGCAGUUUACUUUUCAGUUUCCUUUGGAAAUUGCUAAAUGUAAGCUUUGGUUUUCUGUUUUCCUGCCUGCGUUUUUGUCAGUGUACAGUAGGAGGUCUCUUAUGGUUUGUCUGUCUUGGGAGAUUCCUGGGUGCAGAGAAACUCCACAGCUAAUCUGGGGUUCUGUUGUCCUUAUCUCCUAUACCACUGAGUGUUAGUAUUACAAUGAAAAUUCACCAUGGGUUAAUAUCAAGUCAUGUGACACAUCAAACAGGAUUGUAUUUCAGUCACCUAACAUAUCUAGCUUCCAGGUGGCACUUUAGAUUUACUGGGCUGUAGCUCUACUUUUCUCAAAAAUAGCUUUAUUGAGAUAUAAUUUACAAAUAUUCAGUUUACCCAUUGGAAGUCUAUAAUUGUGACUUUUUCUUCUUUUUAGAAGUGUGGCUGUCACCACAGUUCAGUUUUAGAAUCUUUCUAUCACCCAGAAAUCCCCUUUGCCUGCUAUAGACCCACACCUAAUGACUGUUCAUCACGGUUGCCAGGGCAGAUGGGAACAUGGCUAUGUUAAGAUUUGGUUUUAAGCGAAGUGUGUGUUGUUUUAAGCUCAGGAGCUGUGUGAAAAUGCAUUGAAUGUUCAUCUCAAAUACCAUAAUGAUAAAUUCAUCCAUGUGGGUUGGGAUUGAUAUAAACAUAAUUGAGUCUGCUAUGUAGGCAUGGUGAUGAGACAGAUGUAUAAUUUUCUACAGCUAUGCAGAAAAUAGCCAAAAUUUUAAUAAUAUUUAUUUUACUCAGUAUAUCCAAAAUAGUUCUAGUUGGUGUACCAAACUGCUCAGAUGCUCCUAGUCUUCCAUUUCACUGACAGGGAUUCGCCCCAGUGUGAGUGCCAGCGGCUACUCGCCUGAAAAGCAGUUCCAAAGUACAAGACUCCUGACUUGUCCUGCUCUGAGAUGAAGGAGACAACUUCAUGGAGUUACUUUCUCAAGGAGAGCGCCUAUAGUGCUUGCUAAAUAGGAUGUCUGACUGUUAGGAAUAUAUCGUUAGUAUUUACCAGGGCUUAGGCUGCGUCAGAAAUGUGUUGGAAAUAUUUGCCUAGUGCUAUGUUAGUACAUAGUACCUACUUUAACAUACAAGAAAGAGACUCAAGUGACUCUUGAAUAAAAUGUGUUAACUCGAAUAGUAGCAAAAAUGCGAACUGAAUAUUCUAGUUAUAAAAUGCUGGAGAUCAGAGAUGUUAGACAUCUCUUCAGUGCUCGGGAAGUUGGAUGUACUUGAAACUGCAGAUUGCUGUGUGGCGUCACGUGAUAUCCCACUCACUAGAACUGUUUCCUCCCCAUGUCUUUUUCUAAUGGGAGGACAUUUUACCGACUCAGGCUGCAAACUCUAACUACAAGACUGGAAACCCUGCAUCCUUUAUGCCAGAACACUCCCCCCCCGAAUGCACAUGGAAGCUCUGGCUGCUCUUAGAUCAGGAGCUGAAAUCCAGUUUCCUGUGAUGUAUUGGAUUCCAGAGGUGCCUCAGGGACUGCGAACCCCUGUGUUCAGUGUCGCUGGGAGGCUGGCCUGAGCAUAGGACAUUGUAACUCCGUCAUUACUCUGUUGUCUCUAUAGUUAAGUGUGAAAACCAUCUCUGGCAAUUCAGUGAAAGCUGUACAAUACAUAGAUUUUAAGAAGUCUAUCAUUCUUUUAUGAUCUAAUAAAUUAUAUUUAGAGCAUGAAUUAGUAUGAAAAUGUUUUUAAGGGGCCAUGAAAUGUAUCUGAAUAAAAAUUUCUAGACACUUUUAUAAUUGA